AUGGAGAUGGAGACGGAAACCUUAAUAUACUGCAUAGCCUUGGCAUGUUGGACGUGGUAUUUCUUCAUCCUACUCGUACAAGGAAUAGGUUCUACUCAAUUGUUUCGUCACUAUUCUUCGAAUCCAAAGCCUGCCAUCUCCCCAAAUUUAGACACCAAUGAUAUCCCCCAUGUUACCAUUUUACGACCAGUUAAAGGACUUGAGCCACAGUUGUAUGAAUGCCUCGCGGCCACAUUUAGACAGACAUACCCAGCGGAAAAGUUGACGAUAUACUUCUGCAUUGGCUCAUCCACCGAUCCUGCAUACCCAGUUCUUCAACGUCUGCUGGCAGACUUUCCUCAAUUCGAUGUAAAGAUUUUCAUAGAGGAGCAGGAUCCAAACCUGAGUGGUCAUGGAGGGCAGAUUGGGAAUCUUGGCCCCAAUCCCAAGAUUCGAAAUAUGAGUCGUGGAUACAGGGAGGCAAAGGGAGAUAUUGUAUGGAUCAUCGAUUGCAAUGUCUGGGUAGGAACUGGUACUGCUGGACGAAUGGUUGAUAAAUUAUGUGGCUUUAAGGCGGAUGGCACCAAGGCAAGACCUUAUAAAUUCGUUCACUUACUACCAUUAGUUGUAGAUACACUUGGAACCAGCACAAUUGAAGAGAAUGAAGGACUUCUCGCCGCCGAACAGCAAUUCUCACCCACAAACACAAUGAUCUCCAAAAUUUCAACAGCAUCCAAACACGAGUCCAACUUCGAUGCAAGCGCAAGGAUUGGUGGCGGCCGUUUCGAAGAAUCUUUCAUGGCAUCAUCCCAUGCGAAGUUCUACACUGCAAUCAACACAGUUGCAAUUGCGCCUUGCAUAGUUGGCAAGUCAAACAUGUUUAGACGAUCUCACUUGAAUUUCCUCACCUCCACAUCUCCUGAUUAUGCCCCGGGAAUCGACUUUUUCUCGGAAAACAUUUGCGAAGAUCACUUAAUCGGAGACUUGUUAUGGCGAAAGCAAGUGCCGGAAGAAAAGGCAGGGGAGAAGUGGAAUAAACACGGUUUGGUUCUUGGCGAUUUGGCUAUCCAACCGAUGGCUGGUAUGUCAAUUCGAGAAUACAUUGCACGCCGAGUACGUUGGCUCAGAGUUCGAAAAUGGACUGUUACGCUGGCCACAUUUGUUGAACCUGGAGUCGAACCCCUCUUAUGCUCAGCUUAUGGUUCUUUCGCAAUCACGACAUUACCUUGGUUCCAUGAGAAUUUGGGUGUGCCUCAAACGUGGCUUGCUUUUUCCAUAGUUUGGUUAUCAAAUGUUGUUGCUUGGAUGACACUUGAUUGGUUUGUCUAUGCCAACCUUCAUUCUGGUUCUUCUAUUGAGCUGGAUGAAAAUACGCCUUCCUUUGCACAACCUCCUCGGAGUGGGUUCAAAAGGCCUUUUAAAGAGUGGGCAUCUGCAUGGCUCGGCAGGGAAAUUCUUGCGUUACCCAUAUGGACAUGGGCUUGUCUUGGUGGAACAACGGUGAUGUGGAGAGGCAAGAAAUUCCGCGUUAACCUCGAUAUGAAAGUGGUCGCAAUUAAAGAUGGGAAAAAGUCAUCCACUCCUGAAAUCGAAAAUGGCCGCUCGUACAGUAAAGAUAGACAGGAUUAG